GUCACAAGUUUUUCCACGCCCUGGGCGGCGCCAGUUCAGGUCAAUGACAGGCGACUAGUUAGUGCGAUAAACACUGGACACACAAAUGUCCUCAGCGAUGCAUAACAAUCGGAAAGAGCACUUGUACAAGAUCCUUGUCAUCGGUGAUUUGGGAGUAGGGAAGACCAGCAUCAUCAAACGGUAUGUGCAUCAGACGUACUCCACUAACUACAGAGCGACCAUCGGGGUGGAUUUUGCGCUUAAAGUUCUUAACUGGGACUCAGAGACGGUCCGGCUGCAGCUGUGGGACAUCGCAGGUCAGGAACGGUUCGGGAACAUGACGCGGGUUUAUUACCGGGAGGCCAUGGGGGCGUUCAUUGUUUUUGAUGUUUCCAGACCCACCACGUUUGAGGCUGUCUCCAAAUGGAAGGAGGAUCUGGACUCAAAAUUAAUACUUUCAAAUGGCCAGAGUAUCACCACAGUGCUCCUGGCCAAUAAGUGCGACCAAAAUAGAGACUUUCUGACUAACAACAGCCUGAAGAUGGACCAGUACUGCAAGGAGAACGGAUUUGUGGGCUGGUUUGAGACGUCUGCGAAGGAGAACGUCAAUAUUAAUGAAGCUGCCAACUUCCUCGUGAAGCACAUAAUUGCCAGCGAGAAUGAUAUCUUGAAAUCAGUGGUUCCAGAUACAAUCUCUCCACAGCUCCACUCUGAUAAAGAAAUGACCUGUUCUGCAUGUUUUAAACCCUGAGAGAAUGCGGCAGCAGCACUGGUGAUGACCUUCACGCUCCUCAUCCCUCUGAUUCCAGCACGAUGGUCAACCAUUGAUAACCACCACAGAUGAAUGUCCGUUAGUUACAGCAUUAAAAUACAGACACUUUGAGCUUGCACACAGAGGAAAUGUAUUUGUGUCUGAAGCUUUUUUUUUGUAUUUUUGUGUUAUGUCUAACAAAACCUGGGGAGUUCUGGACUGGCAUGCUUGAACGAACAAGGUGAGAGAUUAGAGCUUCUGGGUCAGACACAGACUGAUUAUAAUUUCAGAAACAAAAAUGCUUUAUCAGUAUGCACAUCAAAAUGCAGACUAAUUAUCAUUUUUGGUUUUGGUGGACUGAGUUUUAAUAACCCCAGGUGUUAACAAAUACAAAAAUAACAUUACUUUUUUUGCAAACUCAUGUCGAGGCACUAAGAUUUUUUUUAAUAUGCAUCUGCAUUUCAGCUACAUUCCUGGUCUAAUGUCACAAAAAAUGCAUUUUGCAUUUGGGUUAUAAAUUUUCACUUUUGAAACGGGAGGUUAUGCUUUAGGUUCUUCGCAAUUACAAACCAAGAUUUGUCUCUUGCUAAUUGGAGGCAGGAGGUAUUAGUAGCAGGGACAUUUGAUUGUGGAAAAAAUCAUGUAGUUCAUGAUAAGUCAUCAAUAUUUUACUUUGGUUUAUGCAUUUUACAAAUUUUAAUGGUACUGUUUAAAUGUAAAGUUAAUUUUGUAAAGGUUUCUAUGAAGUUCACCUAUCUUCCCAAUGCAUAUUAUUGAUGUUAUUGUGAACAUCCAUGCUUAUGUUUAAUUUAAAUAUACAACCAAUGGACAAAGCAUUUAACCCAUAGAACUAACUACGAUAUUCUGUAGUAUGCAUAUUUUACCAUACUGACAAUGUUAAAGGACUGUCAUGCUAAGAUAAAUAAUACUUUAUGAGCUAUUUAUCGUUUUAUUUACAGCACAUGAACAUGCAGUUUGUCAUAUCAUAUUUAUGAUUAAGUUAAAUGUUGCUUAAUUGUCGCAAACAAUUUAUAUUUGUAAAAAGAGAGCUGCCAACCUCUUCCCUCAUCCUUUCUGUCUCCUUGAACAUCCUGGCCCUUCUUAUCUACUGCCAUCCUUCCAUUUCAUCCCUUUUUUCCACUCCUAUUUUACUCUCUGCAUCUCACAUCUCCUUUGCGGUGAUUCACCGUAUGACUCAUUGACAUUAUAUAAAUCUCCCAUGAUUCCCUACAUCGCCAUGUGCUUUAUUCAAAUCCUUUAAUGUGUAUAUUGAUCUACUGGCUUUCCAUAUCCAUCUGCACCUGCUGCAAACACAGUUUUUAUUCUCAGAUAUUAUUUGCCUGUGUGGGAGGUGUUGUGUUACGAGAUUGAAUUGUAUCGUUAAAUAUGUUUCUGUGAGCCAUUUCAUACCUUGAAUGUCAAGGUAUAAAGAAACACUUCGAAAUAUG